AUGGGCAGGUUAGGUCCCCUCACCUCCAUGGCCUUGGGCCGUUCUCCCUACGACGACGUCGUCAUGGGUCAAGGGGAGGGAGACCCGCGCGCACCACUACAGAUGUACGACGAGCGAGGCCGACCCGUCAACCCAGAGACGAAGCGAGUCAAUAAAGACAUCAUCCGGUCUCACAAUGAGGUCAUGUUGGUGAUAGGCGUGGUCGAGUCCGAGAAUAGCAUCGAGGAUAUGAGGGCUGAGCAGCUGCGGCGAUACGAACAUGAGCGCCACGACGACAGCGUCGGCCGAGACCUGGACUCAGCGGCUCGCAUAUGUCAGCUUGGUGGGGUCUGGGGUCUCGCGGGAUUGAGGCAUCGCAUCUUACUAUACAAGGAGUACUCGCAUAUCCCGUUCUCGCGGCUCUUCCAGGUCGAACGUCAGACACAGUCGCCCACGAGUCUGUGGCUGCAUGGUUUGCCCACUUUCGUGGUUUCCAACUGUAGGACGCAUCUCUUGCCUGCGUCGGCCUCGCCUUGGGUACCAAGCUGGAAGUUCUUUGUCCCCUUCACAGACGCAUCGGUCAUUGCGCCAUGUGCACCGCCCACCUCACUCAACCCUCGCUCCAUCGUGGGAUGGCUGGGCAGGAUUGGCUGGGGCAUGGCUCCGUUUAUAGGCUAUUGGGCCGUGAGCAAUUUCUUCCCGAUUGCGCGGAACGUACUGUACGAGGUCCUCUACGACAUGAUGCCCGCCCCAUCCAACCCUGAGCAGUCACGACCAUCCGGCACGCCCGUCCCCAAUUCUGGCGCUGCGGCUGACCACACCACGGAAGUGCGUAGCGCAACACCCAGUGGCCGUCCCGAUGCUACUGCUCCUGCAACUGCUACUCCUACUGCUGCCGCCGCUCCUUCCCGACCAAGAAGCCAUCCGCGCCGCUCCCGCACCGCCAACACCGAAGACUUCAGCUCCGACGACGAGGCCACCGAAGAGGUCGUCAGCGCCACACUGAUCAGCUUCGACGUCGAAAACAAUCCCGAGAAUCCGGACCCCACCAACGACAAUAACAUCCCACCCGGCGUGUGGUCCGCCGAGCUGCGGCCCAACCCAGGGAAUGACUCUCCAACCGGCCGAGAUGGCGACGACGGGCCUGGCGCGAGGCGUCGGGCAUUAGCGCCUGUUUAUAGGGACAACGUGCUCACACAGCUUCCUGCCAAACUCGCAACCAGUAUUCUGGUACGGAGGUUGGCCUCUUUGAUGUUGGCGCCCGUCGAGGCUUCUGCUUUGCGGUCGGUCGCAUGGUCCUGGUGCCGGACAAGAGGCAUGUCGACGGCGGGGCUCUGGGAGCCGGUUUGGCUCUGGCCGUUUGUAGCCGGCGGCGGAUUCGUGGGGUUCAGGCUUGACUUCCGUGCUGGGUUCUCGCUGGGCUCAUUCUGCAACUUCAUGGGCGUGGAGCUUGUCCACUUCAUGCUCGAUGCAUGUCUGUGGAGCGUUUUCUCUCUCGCUGCGUCGAGUCACAUGAUGUCUGGUGAGGAGUGGGAGAGGGCACUGAAGGAGACGGAGAGCACGGAGCAGCAGUAA